AUGUUGGGAACUUUGGUCUCGUCCUUUUUGGACAAUACAAUUGGGUUCUCUGAAUUUUACUACUCUAUUUAUUCUAUUGUGAUAAGAUAUAUACAAAGUAAAACUACAGACAGAGAAAAACAAAGAAAGAAAACAUCACAUAACACUACCGCUUCACCAUUUACUUUUUAUCUCUUCUCUAUCUAUUCACAUCAUCAACAACAACAACAACAAGUUUUUUAA